CAUAGACGUCAGCUGAUCUGUUCUUGGACAGUUGUCAAGAAGAAAACUUUUGGUUCUUCUCCCUGGUGUCAGGAUGGACAGCAGGCGAAGGCUUUAGCGACACGUUGGUCCCGUGGCAACGAAGCCGUGCACUUCUCCACUCAGCGAAGCGAACUGCAUUGGGCCCUUUUCUCUUCUCGCGCAGAUCCUUGGACUCGAUCGGCCGCCAUGGUGCAGGAGUACCAGUCUCCGGUGCGCGUCUACAAGCGGCCCUUUGAGUUAAUAAUGGCGGCCUACGUGCGGCGGUUCCCCAGGUGCCACUUGAUCCCAGUGUUUGUGGACAGUGAGGUCAUCAGUGAGAAGCAGAGUCCAGACGGAUCCACCCUGGUGACGGAGCGGCGCUGCACCAUUGACAUCGAAGCGCCGCGCCUUCUCAAGCGGAUUGCAGGGGUGGACCACCUCUACUUCAUCCAGAAGAACACGCUCAACCGACGCGACAGGACGCUGCACAUCGAGGUGCGCAACGAGACCUUCUCCAGCAGAGUGGUGGUGCACGAGUGCUGCAACUACACGGUUCACCCGGAGAACGAAGACUGGACCUGCUUCGAACAGACCGCCAGUCUGGACAUCAAGUCCUUCUUUGGCUUUGAGAGCACAGCGGAGAAGAUUGCCAUGAAGCAGUACGCCAGCAGCAUCAAGAAGGGCAAGGAGAUCAUCGAGUUCUACCUCAGGGAGCUGGAGGAGGAGGGCGUGACGCACCUUCCUCGCUGGACGGCCCCCUCAGCAGUGAGGGCCAUCCCGGCCCCCACAGCAGCGAGGGCCGUCCCGGCCAUUCGGGGCCAUGGCGAGGGGACCCCGGAGGGUUUGGCCGGUUCCCCCGACGGUCAGUGUCAGUGCUCUCCCUCCUCACUGACACACCCGUGUGUGAUCGCUGUGUUUCGCUCUGCAGACAAGUUGGAUGCGGAUUACAUCCGACGGUACCUGGGUGACCUGACGCCUCUGCAGGAGAGCUGCCUGAUCCGCCUGCGCCUCUGGCUGCAGGAGACCCACAAGGGCAAGAUUCCCAAAGAUCAGCAUGUCCUGCGCUUCCUAAGCGCCAGGGAUUUCCACCUGGACAAGGCCCGGGAGCUCCUGUGCCAGUCCCUGACCUGGAGGAAGCAGCACCAGGUGGAUUUCCUGCUGGACUCCUGGGAGCGGCCGCAGCUGCUCCAGGACUACUACUCUGGAGGCUGGCACCACCACGACCGAGAUGGACGUCCUCUGUACGUCCUGCGUCUGGGCCAGAUGGACACCAAGGGUUUGCUGCGAGCUCUGACCGAGGAGGUGCUGCUGAGACAGGUUCUGACCAUCAUCGAGGAGGGGCUGCAGCGGUGUGAAGAAAACACCAGAGUCUUCGGGCGACCCAUUAGCUGUUGGACCUGCCUGCUGGACCUGGAGGGUCUGAACAUGAGGCACCUGUGGAGACCGGGGGUGAAGGCUCUGCUGAGAAUCAUAGAGGUGGUGGAAGCCAACUACCCUGAGACGCUUGGCCGCCUGCUCAUCCUGCGGGCACCGAGGGUCUUCCCUGUCCUGUGGACCCUGGUCAGUCCCCUGAUCGACGAGAACACCCGCAAGAAGUUCCUAGUCUUUGCUGGGAACGACUACCAGGGUCCUGGAGGUCUGGAGAACUACAUAGACAGAGCCAUCAUCCCGGACUUCCUGGGCGGAGACAGCAUGUGCGACAUCCCGGAGGGUGGAACGGUUCCCAAGUGUCAGUACAGGACAGCUGAGGAGCUGGAGAGCCAGGAGAACCGCCUGCUGACUGACUCCAUUUACAAAAGUGCCAGCGUCUUCAAGGGCUCCCCUUUUGAGAUGCUGAUCCACAUCACAGAAGCCUCCUCUGUCAUCACCUGGGACUUUGACGUGUCUAAAGGCGACGUGAUGUUUAAGAUCUACCACUCCAGAAGAGCCCCACAGUCUCCCAGGAGAGAGGCGACGGUGGCGUCCAUCGGGGGGAGCCUCAACGUGCCGCUGAUCGAGCGGAGCUGGGUGCUGGGCCAGGACUACAGCAUGGUGGAGCGGGCGCUGGCGUGCAAGGACGGCGAGAGCGUUCAGGGCUCGCACGUCACUCGCUGGCCCGGCUUCUACAUCCUCCAGUGGAGCUUCAGCUGCGCCUCCGGUCUGGAUGAUGUGCUGGCCUCGCUGCAGGCCUCCUUCCACAAGUGCAAGGUCAUGUACUACACCGAGGUGUUGGCCUCUCAUGACUUCAGGGGCUCGGUGAGCAGCCUGGGGUCCAGUCACAGCGGCUUCUCCCAACUCAGCUCGGCCACCACCUCCUCCGUCCACUCCCAGAGCAGCUCCACCAUCUCACGGUAGCAUCGGCUCAAUUGGCUUCCCGAAUGGCCACCACGCACCUCGGCCACAAGGGGCGCCCUCUCGCUGCACCGCGUGCCUUCUGACCAGGAAGCAUCAAGUGAAUCUGACGUGCCAGCGGCAAAGUAACGGCGUGUGACGUGUUAGUCCGUAAUCAUGUUCAGGAUGAUCAACUGCUCGUCUGAGGGCGGUGCCGUAAUUACACCAGCUGACCGCCAGAUGUCAGUGUCCUCCCUCUGUUGUUUCUGGAAUCCUGUUGGGUGAAGUAUUAAAGAACGGUUUCGAGCGUGUUCUGACUCUUCUCGUCCCUCGGAUCUUUGUGGACUGUUUCCUUGCGCGGUGGAGCGCGAGGACUGGAGUGUAGCGGAGACACUGGGACUCUCACCAACAGCCCAUUUCCAUGGAGCUGUUCUGUGGUAAUGGCAGCAGUUGAACUCCCCUGAGCCGUGCAUGUUUCUGCCCGGUGGCUUUGCCAGAAGCACCGAGCGCUUUGACUAUUGCAGUGCACUGUGGUCGUCAUGAAAGCCUAAGAGUGGAGCUCUGCUCAGAGUCCUGGUCCUCGGUCUGGUCCAGCCCAGUCCUCCGUCCCGCUGAUGCCGCUGACCUCUGGCUGCAUCAGCACCGGGUCAUCACGUCACCACUCCCCUCCAGGCCGCCUCUCGCCGACAUGGCUCUCUUCAGUGGGAGAUCUGAGAGCGUGGCUGCCCACC